UCCAAUCUUCUGAUGUCUGAACCGCUUUGGGGUGUUCUCUUGUUUGUGGAGGAAGCGUUUAUCUUCUUAUUCUUCCAUCUUUUUUUCUCAGCCUCUCACCCACACUACACUCCAUACUCAAGAAAAGUUAGAGAGAAAAGAUGUCUUCUCCCAGUAAACGUCGAGAGAUGGACUUGAUGAAGCUGAUGAUGAGCGAUUACAAGGUGGAUAUGAUCAAUGAUGGCAUGCAGGAGUUUUAUGUGCAUUUUCACGGGCCUAAAGACAGUCCUUAUCAUGAAGGUGUAUGGAAGAUCAGAGUAGAGCUUCCUGAUGCUUAUCCCUAUAAAUCUCCAUCCAUUGGUUUUGUCAACAAAAUAUACCACCCUAAUGUUGAUGAAAUGUCUGGCUCAGUUUGCUUGGAUGUUAUUAACCAGACCUGGAGUCCCAUGUUUGACCUUGUUAAUGUAUUUGAAGUAUUUCUUCCCCAACUUCUUCUGUACCCCAACGCAUCAGAUCCAUUGAAUGGUGAAGCUGCUGCACUGAUGAUGCGUGAUCGUGCUGCAUAUGAUCAAAAAGUCAAAGAAUAUUGUGAAAAGUAUGCCAAGCCAGAAGAUGUUGGUGCUACCCAGGAUGAAAAAUCCAGUGAUGAUGAAGAGCUAAGUGAAGACGAUUAUGGCUCCAGUGAUGAGGGAAUUGCUGGGCAACCUGAUCCUUAAAUUUUCACAUUGCAAUCCAACGCCAACCUUAAUUUCUUUCCAUUCCAUGGUAACCAGGCAUAUCUAUCAAUUUAUGAUCUAAAUGUUCAAGACAUUUGAUUUGAUGUUGAGGCUCAAGCUAGUUUUUAGCUUUACUUGUAAAUGCUGUUGUUCACACUUGAGCUUGUCCUCUUAACAAGACGAAAUUGUGUGAACAUCCCUUUUCCACUUCGUUUGGUUUGAUGAAACUCCAUAAAAGAUGAGAUGUUUCUUCUAUAUAUAUAUAUAUGUAGUCAUUUUGGAGGGAAAUUUACUUGAGAUCAGAGAGAUAAAAGAUGCUGGUGGCGACUUCAAUUAAAGGUAUGAAAUGAAAGACGAAGGAAACUGCCACUACUUGUAUUUGAGUACCAAUCGUCUGAAUAACCGAAACAAGUGCAUUGAUAAGUUGGUUGUGAUCAGUGUACAGCUAAGCAGGUGAAUAAAAGAUGAGGAGUUCAGAAUUCA